AGAUCGAAGAGAACAUUGUAUAGUACCGAUCAUUAUUAAAGCUUAAGCGCGACAGCACAUACAAACGUAUAUAUUGCUUUAUUAUAAUUACAGAGUCCAAUGCAUUGGAAUUUUAAACGUUAAAUGCAAGACUGUGCGUAAUUCAUUAUUAGUGUUCGAACGGUGAUAGAUUAAUUUCGUUACUUCAGUGCUGUUGUGUAUAUAAAUACGCCUUAGAAGAGGCAAAUCGCGUAGUGAGGAACACAAACAAAACUUUCGGUUUUUGAUGCCAAUAAUUAGUGCAAAAGUUCGAGACAACUGAAUUAAAACUAGUUCCAAUAUGCAGAUUCUUCCCGUCGUACUUACGCUCACAACACUUUUCACUAGCAUCACAGUCUACAGCCAAUACCAUCAUUACGAGCAGCUCAAUAGCGACGUCGAGCUCGUUCAGCUGAUUUUCCGUAACGGAGAACGGAGACCCUACCCUGGCGAAAGCUAUCCACUGGACCCGUACGCCUCAGCUAUCCCCUACGACGGUCGGCUGACGGAUCUGGGCCGUUAUCGGGCUCGUCGUCUAGGGAUUGCUCUACGUAGAAACUACUUCAACCUUCUCCCCAAUGGACUUUACACCUACAGUACUUCUUUGGACAGUUGCAAAGAGUCGCUCGAGGAAGUGGUCAAGGCACUGUGUGCUAAAGAGUGCGUCAGUACGAAGACGAUAAUUCCGUCAAGGGAGAUCGAUGUUGUUUUGAAUAGCAAAGCUUGCUCGAGGUAUCACUCGGAACUGAAUAAGCUCAGAAGAUCGGCUGAGGUGCAGAAGAUGCUUGCCAAGUAUGACGGCUUGUAUAGGUACAUUACCGAUAAGACCGGCUUAAGACUCGACACGGCGGACAUGGACGAGCGUAUCUACGAGCUCUACAACCUCAUGGAAUCUCAGAAGAGCAUGAACCUGAGCCUACCUAACUGGUGUCCAGAAGGCGUGUACGGUCUUCUCAACGAGAUGACGUUUUUGCACUACAGCCUCGAAUCCCAGAACGACGAGUUGCGACGAUUGAACAGUGGUCCACUUAUACGUCGUUUCCUCGACGCGAUGACAGCAGCGAAGACAAAAGCCAAGAUUCAUCUGUACAGUGGGGAGGGUCACAACGUCGCGGCGCUCAGUCGUGCUCUUAAUAAGCGCUUUCCUCGAGUUCCCAAUUACGGCAGUGCCAUCAUCCUGGAGAAGAGAAGAGAAGUUGGAACUGGUGGCAGAGUCUUCGUCAGAACGAUGCUGUGGACCGGAGUGAGCGAGAAGAUGUUUCCGAUGCAUCUUGGAGGUUGCGCCGAGUUGUGCCCUCUGGAUCAAUUUGUAAGGAUCGUUGCUGAAACGAUACCCGGUGAAGUGGAACUCAAGUGCUUGCUCGAUGACGUGGGACAUGACGACCGCGUCGUUUUGACUUAAAUGUCUUGGGGCUCAGACUGCAGACAUUUUUAUCGAUUUAUUCAGCUUUCUAUGGCAUGAUAAUUGAUUAUUAACUUGACAGUCUCUGUUUUUAACAAGCUGAAUGUAAAUGUGAUAUAUUUUUGAUCGUCGUGUUUUUAAUUUCUUUUCUGACAAUCUUACUUCUAUUCGCUUGGUUAUCAUUCAAUAAUGAUCUGCAAUUUUUCAUUAAAAUAUUCUUUUUAUUGAUCAAAAGUAAAUGAAGAUAAAUUAUUUGCAUGUACAACUUAUUAUAAAAGAUCGAAUCUAAUUUCUUUUCUACAUAACAAACAUAACAAUUAAUAUUUUUUUACGUAAUUCAAUAAUGAAAUCUUUUCUACUUGACGUAAAUUGUCUGUCUAUUAAAAUUACAGAAUGCGUAAUUUGUUCAUCGCAAUUCAAUAAAAUUCACGAAACAAAUUGAGUAAAUUUGCCACUUGAUUUACGCAAUCGAAAUUCAAACAACAGAUAAUUGCCACUCACCAACUAUCGUAAUUCACAAUGUUCUUCGCUUAUACAGUUUCAAUAUGUACUGUAAUUUUGUAAAACAUUUUAUCAUAAUAAAUAAAUGCAUUGACAAAAAACAAUCGGAGAUAUGUAUGCGCACUGGACUCUCGCACUCAUUUUCACUUGUUGUACAAUGUACGCAUGCACGCACAGUUAAUAACAUCUAUUUGCUUUUUUUCUUUUCGUUUACAUAACUCAUUUGAUCUUUUAAAAAUUCAUGCGAGAAUUUACUUCAUAACACUUCACAACGUAGACUCGUCUUUCUUGGCGACGAUAAUAAGUAAUAUAUACAUUGACAUAAUUAUAAUAUACAUAUAUUAAGAUACUCUCGUCUUACUUUUAUCAUCAUUCAUGUAAAGUUCCACACACAGUAAUAUAUAUAAUAUAAUAUAUGUAUAACGAAUAAUUUGACUUAUGAUGCUGUGAAAACAUUAAAGCCAAUAAACCAUCAACAUAUAAUAUAAUUUUCUCUCCUUUUCAUUUUCUCUCACCUUUCUAAUUAUCAACGUGUAAAAAAUCGUACGCGCAGACAAGUGAUUGCAGUAUAAAAUCGAGCUUGGCAUUUGAAAUUUCGAAACUUUCUGACGCGGAUCAAGGCAGAUAAACACGAAAAGUCACUUUUCGCGCGACAAACUAGUCUCGUGACAGUCUUUCUCAUAUCGUCUAUAUACAAAAUAGCAUUGACAUUUUUUUUUUGACAUUUACCCGUCUCCACAUUUCUCUCGUUCCUUUUAUCUUUAAAAAAAAACCUACUAAAAUAUCUCAUCGGUACACAACGGAGUUUCGGUAAUCGAGUUAAGGAAUGUAUGGCCCUGGCGAAAAUAUUUCUUCUUAAUUUUGUUCUGUUACAAGCUAUAAAAUACGUUAUUUCUAUGUACAAUUGAUCAUUUUUCGGCGAGCGUGAUUUAUAUAAUUAAUACUAUCAAAAAGACCAUUAUAAGCAAGAAAUUUACGAAGCAAUCGUGAGCGAAGAUAAAGAGUCGUGAAAAAUAUUCGAAUUCGUAAAAAUGCAGAUUCUUAUUACAAAAGUGAAUAGAACAAAUCUUUUCGUCAAGGUAGUCAUACAGAACUUUAAAAUGCAAAAUAGUUAUCCGCUCCAGUUGAGCUGGCAAUACGUUAUUUCUUAAUGAGAGAUUCACACGGCAAGAAAUUUACAAUCACUGUACAAAGAGUCACAAGAUAGAAAGAAAACAUUUUGCUAGACUCGGGCAUGCAGUAUCUUAUGUAUACUCUCUUAGAGCUCGCAAUAUACAAAACGUCUUCGACAAUAUAUUUAUCUUACACGAAAGCUAAUAAAACGUUUCACGAUACGUAUAAGGUAGCAGCGCCACGGAAGACAAUAUUAUGGUUGGUUAAUUUAAAAUAUCAAAUUUUUUCCCGGUACUCCUCACGAGCGGUAUACAUGUAUAUUUUGAAAACAUAUUAAUAAAUCAAAUUAAUAAAGAUGCAUACAAGUGUUUUUUUCCUAAAAUUUACAAUAUUUAUACACAAUAAAGAUAUGUAAAAUAAAAAAUAGCGAUUUAAAUAGUUAGUAACAACAACAAAAAAACACUUGAGGAAUAGAUUACUUUGAUCACAUUUGAUUGUAAAAGUUCAUUAGUAUAUACAAUUGCAGCAAAAAUCAUUAGGAUAUUUUUAAA